GAAAGCGGCGGAGUGAGUCCUCUCCUCUGUGGCAGUAAAUAGGCGAUCUUUGUCUGAUGCGCGCAGUCGUGUGUGUCGACCACCGGAGAGAGAACCGGAGACCCGGAGAACCGCAGCGGCAGGAUGGGGAAGAAACAGAAGAAAUCCGGAGAGGACAGCGCCAAAGACGACGGCAUCGACAUCGACGCUCUGGCUGCGGAGAUCGAAGGAGCCGGAGCCUCCAAGGAGCCGAAAGGGAAGAAGAAGAAGAAAGGAGCCAAAAAGGACGACUUUGAUGAGGACGACAUCCUGAAGGAGCUGGAGGAGUUGUCUCUGGAGACUCAGGGAGGAAAGGCAAAGAAAUCAGACGCCGCAGAGGACGUGGAGGGCGUCGAGCCUCCUAAACCAGAGAAGAAGAAGACCAGGAAGGGAAAGAAGGGCGGAGGCAGCCCUGGGGAGGAGGAGGGUGAUGAAGGUGAAGCUCGGGUUGAUGAAGAGAGGAACGGAGAGCAGAAAGAUGACAAGAAGGCGCCUCCUGCUGCUCCUCCUUCUGUCUCUGACGAAGACAGCGGCUCAUGUUCUCGCCUCAAGACCAAAAACGGCAAGAAAGGCAAAAAGCCUUCAGCGUCGGACGCAGAGGAGGACAAAGAUGAGGAUGAAGGCGUGAGGAGAGGAGGAGGAGGAGGGAAGGAGGACGACAAGUCGGAGGACGACGAGGAGUUCGCCUCCAGGCGGGACAAGAAGAAGAAGAACAAAGGCAAGGCGGCGAAGGCGGAGAGCGAGGAUGAGGAGGAGGACGAUGAGGAGGAGGAGGGAGGAGGCUUCAAGCUGAAGACGGCGGCGCAGAAGAAGGCUGAGAAGAAGGAGAGGGACAGGAAGAAGAAGGAGGAGGAGAGGUUGAAGCGGAUGAAGCAGAAGGAGAAGGAGGCCGGCGUGGAGGCUAAGAAAGAGCCAGAGAAGAAGACGACAGAGGAGAUGGCUCCGCCUGCAGACGUGAUGGAGGAACAGGAAGGGGCGGAGCCAGCAGCGGAGGAGGAGGCCGAGGGCGACAAGAAGAAGAAAGACAAGAAGAAGAAGAAGGGAGAGAAGGAGGAGAAGAAGAAGGGACCCAGCAAGGCCACAGUGAAGGCCAUGCAGGAAGCUCUGGCCAAGAUGAAGGAGGAGGAGGAGCGAGCCAAGAGGGAAGAGGAGGAGCGGCUGCAGAGGCUGGAGGAGAUGGAGAAGCAGAGGCAGGAGCAGGAGCGUCUGGAGCAGGAGCGUAAGGAGAAGAAGAAGCAGAAGGAGAAGGAGAGGAAGGAGCGCCUGAAGAAGGAGGGGAAGCUGCUGACGAAAGCCCAGAGGGAGGCUCGAGCUCGGGCCGAGGCCACGCUCAAGUUGCUGCAGGCUCAGGGUGUGGAGGUGCCAUCCAAAGACUCGAUGCCAAAGAAGAAGCCGGUUUACGGAGACAAGAGGAAGAAGAAGCCCAGCGCUCAGACUCCUGAAGAAACGUCAGAGGUGACGUCGCCGACGUCGGAGACCCCGGAGCCUGUUGCCAUGGAGACGGAGGCCGAGAGGCCGGCGGCAGAGCCAGAGGUGAAGCCGGACGCUGCUGUGGACGACUGGGAGGCCAUCGCCACUGACGAGGAGAAAGAGUUGAAGAAAGUCCACAUCGAGGUGAAGGAGGAGACCACUGCUCCGCCUCAGCCUACAGGCAGCGAGGAAGACGAGGAGGAGGAAGACGAGGAAGAGGACGAAGAGGACGAGGAGGAUGAGGAGGAAGACGAGGAGGACGAGGAGGAGAGCGACGAGGAGGGGGAGAAGGAGGCGACGGCGGCGAGUCAGGGGAAGAGGAGGGCGGCGAAGGAGAGCGAGGACGACAGCAGCGAGAGCGAGGACGACGGCAGGACGAAGGAGGAGCGGCUGUACGACCGAGCCAAGAGGAGGAUCGAGAAACGGCGAGCGGAGAACCUGAAGAACACAGACGUGGACCGGCUGAGGGCACCGGUGGUCUGUGUGCUCGGACACGUCGACACCGGCAAGACCAAGAUCCUCGACAAGCUGCGACACACUCAUGUCCAGGACGGGGAGGCCGGAGGAAUCACUCAGCAGAUCGGAGCCACAAACGUCCCGAAAGAGACGAUUGAGGAUCAGACCAGGAUGGUUAAAAACUUUGACAAAGACAACCUGAAGAUCCCCGGCAUGCUGAUCAUCGACACACCGGGACACGAGUCCUUCAGUAACCUGAGGAACAGGGGCAGCUCUCUGUGCGACAUCGCCAUCCUGGUGGUGGACAUCAUGCACGGCCUGGAGCCUCAGACGCUCGAGUCCAUCAACCUGCUGAAGGAGAAGAAGUGUCCCUUCAUCGUCGCCCUCAACAAGAUCGACCGUCUGUACGACUGGAAGAAGAGUCCCGAGACGGACGUCGUGGCCACGCUGAAGAAGCAGAAGAAGAACACAAAGGACGAGUUCGACGAGAGAGCCAAGGCCGUCAUCGUGGAGUUUGCUCAGCAGGGUCUUAACGCCGCCUUGUUCUACGAGAAUAAAGACCCCCGCACGUUUGUGUCGUUGGUUCCGACCUCGGCCCACAGCGGCGACGGGAUGGGAAACCUCAUCGCCCUAUUGGUCGAGCUCACCCAGACCAUGUUAGCCCGCCGGCUAGCACACUGCGACGAGCUGCGAGCUCAGGUCAUGGAGGUGAAAGCUCUGCCCGGUAUGGGAACCACGAUAGACGUCAUCCUGAUUAAUGGUUGCCUGCGGGAGGGAGAGACCAUCAUCGUCGCAGGGGUGGAAGGACCAAUCGUAACGCAGAUCAGAGGGUUGCUGCUGCCCCCCCCUCUAAAGGAGCUCAGAGUCAAGAGCCAGUACGAGAAGCACAAGGAGGUGUCGACGUCUCAGGGUGUGAAGAUUCUGGGUAAAGACCUGGAGAAGGCGCUGGCGGGGCUCCCCCUGCUGGUGGCUCACAAGGACGACGAGAUCCCUGUGCUGAGGGAUGAGCUGGUGCGGGAGCUCAAACAGACUCUGAGCUCCAUCAAACUGGAGGAGAAAGGAGUUUACGUCCAGGCGUCCACGCUGGGAUCGCUGGAGGCUCUGCUCGAGUUCCUCCGAACCUCUAAAGUCCCCUACGCUGGCAUUAACAUCGGUCCAGUUCAUAAGAAGGACGUAAUGAGGGCGUCGACGAUGCUGGAGCACGACGUACAGUACGCAGUGAUCUUGGCGUUUGACGUGAAGGUGGAGAGGGAGAGUCAGGAGAUGGCCGACAGCCUGGGAGUUCGGAUCUUCUCUGCUGAAAUCAUCUACCAUCUGUUCGACGCUUUCACCAAGUAUAGAGAGGACUACAAGAAGGCCAAACAGGACGAGUUCAAGCACAUAGCUGUGUUUCCGGUGAAGCUGCGAGUUCUUCCUCAGUUCAUCUUCAACUCCAGAGAUCCCAUCGUGAUGGGAGUUUCCAUCGAGGCCGGAGUCCUGCGACAGGGCACGCCGCUGUGCGUCCCCAGCAAAGGGUUUGUGGACAUCGGCGUGGUCACCAGCAUCGAGAUGAAUCAUAAGUCUGUCGACAGCGCCAAGAAAGGCCAGGAGAUCUGCAUCAAGAUCGAGCCCAUUCCCGGAGAGUCACCCAAGAUGUACGGCCGCCAUUUUGAAGCCACCGACAUGAUGGUCAGCAAGAUCACGCGGGCGUCCAUCGACGCUCUGAAGAACUGGUUCAGAGACGAGAUGCAGAAGACUGAUUGGCAGCUGAUCAUGGAGCUGAAGAAGACCUUCGAGAUCAUCUGAAGGACCUGAAACACAAACACACACACAGAUAAACACACACUUCCUCCCUCAGAUGACGAGACGACGACGGAAGGACAAAAAAAAAAACCCCAACAAAACAACCGAAAAAAGACGUGAAAGUGUUUUUCUGCGAGAAACGAACAGUUUUUUCCACUGUUGUAAACAGUGAUAGUUUAGACCACAAACUCACAGUACUCCAACGUGCCUGUUCUUCAGCAUCAACGUUGUUAUUAUUAUUUUUUCUUCUUCUCUGCUCUGAUUUGUGGCUGCUGCUCCGUGUCCCAGGCUCCGCCCCCCCUCCUCCCCAGACUGAGGCUUAACGAGGCCGACGGGUCCGCGGAGCCAGUUAUUCAGCCAAACCAAGUGCAUUGUGGGAUCGUAUUGAGCAGCACCGGGGCUGGAGGAGGAGGAAAAAAUGUGUUUUUCUGGGUCUUUCUUUUCAAAAAACACCCGAAUCAUUGAAGCAGCAGCAGAUGGUGUCGACUUUAAAGAGCUGACUCGGCGUUGACUGCUUUGCUGUGCGGUUUGUCGGCCAUGUUGGAGGGUAAAGUGUGUGUGUAGGGGUGACGGAGGAUGUCACCUCUGGAAGAUUUUAAGCUGUUUUUGCUGCAACUGCUGAUGUAAUAAAUUCCCAUGAUUCUGAUGAAACCUGCAGAUUGAGAGUUUUCAGUUCACAUCUGCAGAAGAAUAACAAAGUAUUAAGAUUUGAAUCGGCCUUUUAUGGAAGUCUGCGGCUGUCGAUAUUACAAACAAAAUUUAAAUUUAAAUACUUUUAUUUCAUUUUAUCAGACAUCACAAGAAUGGUCCUUUUGUUUUAUAUUUCUCACUUUAUGCUUAAAACAGGACGUGCGCAACCUAAACUUUGAAAUACAAACCGGACUUUUGCAUCUGAAUUUUAAUUAUGUCCUUUUUUUUUUUUUUACAAAUUUCCUUUUUUACGGUCAUUUUCACAAUAGUUGUCUUUGACAGAUUUCACAAAAUAAGCCUGAGAGAAUCUUUUAAUUUCUUUAGAAACAAGCUACAAUCUAAAUCAUGAUAUAGCGAAAGUCCAGUUUAAAUGUCCGGUUAAAUUUUUUACUUUAGGUCGCACUUUGUCGAUUUUAUAAAUGAAAAGUCUGUCAUUAGGGCAGCAUUGUGCUUAAGAGUACACUAAAAAAAUGAUUCCUCAAUUUUGCAUUUCUAAACGUUAAAAUAAAAAUGUUGUCGCACAUCAUACACACAAAUUGAAAAUUAGAUUUAAAUUUGAUUCAUUUUAAUAUCGGCAGCCGCAGUCUUCCAUAAUAAAUACUGGAAAUACUGGAGACAAAAGGAAACCUGAGUCUCACAAACCUGAAACACUACUUUACUUUGCAAAGUACAAACACUUAUUGCCAAAAAGUAAAAAUGUUACUGUCUGCAGCUGCAGCCGUGUUUCCCCACAUGCAGAACCUCAUACAGUAUAAACAGAACCUUAAACGUAAAAUCGUCUACCGCGGUAGCUAUCGCUUGUAUACGUCCGGUUGUAUUAGACUGUUGUGGGCAAUUUUACAAAAUGCUAUUUAAUUUGCUGAAAAAAACAGAUUCUUGUGGUUAUUUUAUCCAUCAACAGUGUCUCAGUUGAUUUAUGGGAAAAAUUAUAUUGUGAUAUAAUACUACAUAUACCGUGAUAGAGGAUUUUAUCCGUAGUGCCGACCCCUAACGGACACGGGAAGUAUUGAGGUUUUAAGACUUUUGGUUUGAUGUCAGGACUGUGUGGUUUUCUUUUGGUUGCUCAUUUUGACCUUUUAGUUUACUUAAAAACACUGAAAUUUGAAGGAGGUGUAACUUUGGCACCAGAUAGCAUUCGAGAACUGAACUUUAACGUGUGAAUGUACCUUUUCUUUUUUUGCUCUCCAUGUUUAAUUCAUGAACUACAAAACCCUGCAAACGUUAGAUUCCUGCUGAUCAUUUUCCAAAUUAUCAUCAAUUUUAAUUUGCCUAGAUUUUCAUCUUUUGCAGAAAGCCGUUGAUUUCAGCUCAUUUCUAUAAAAAUCAACUUAUAGGAGCUUAAAACAUUUAAUUCAAGCAUUUAAUCUGCUUUGUUUUUAUGCGGUUGUCAUGGUGAUGCAGUUGAGAGCAGGGAUUGGUUUGAAAACUCCCUGAUGGUGCGUUUAAGGACCCUCUGACACCUGAGGUUUCACUCGACUGCUGUAAAACACUGACAAACUCUGUUGUGCGUCGUCGGGAAAAAUAAGGACGAAAUAGGUCCGGAAACCUCAGCGAACAGGAACGCCCAACUGGCGUUAACAUCGAAACCCACCAGCGAGGCGUUUUUAAAGGUACGGUGCGUCAUCAGCUCUGAAAAAUACGAUUUUUACCCACUAGUCCUGAUGUUGAAUAUUUGUAAUGAAAACUGAGCAGGCCUGAUGUGAUGCUUUAAUGUGUUCAGCUCUCUGUGUAACGUACUUCCUGUACACUUUGAACUCCAGUCAUCUCUACAGAAGAUUAUCACAGCAGCUCAUUUCAGGCUUUUUUAGAAAGUCGUCCAUCUGUGUAAUAAAAGUUUUUAAAAGUUGUGAAA